AUGGAUACUUUGGAGAAGACUGUGUCCAAAAGUGCAGCAAAUGCUUGUAAAGGAUGUAACAGACUAAAUGGGAAUUGUGAAAAUGGUUGUCAUCCAGGUUGGCAAGGACAACUCUGUUUAGAAGAGUGUUUGAAUAACUUUUACGGAGAAGGAUGUAAUGUGAGUUGUGGUCACUGCUUGAACGGGAAACAAUGUCACCAUAUCAACGGUUCGUGUCAGAGUAAAUGUGAACCUGGAUACAGUGGGGAUAAAUGUGAUGAAGUCUGCAUGCUUGGAUAUUUUGGUACAAACUGUGAACAAGAGUGUAGUCUCUAUUGCAAAAAAUCACGUGAUUGCCAUCAUGCUUCGGGAAUUUGUCGAGGCGGCUGUAAAAAGGGGUGGCACGGAAAGGAUUGUAUGCAAGAUAUGGAGGAUGACCAAAUAAAGAGUAAAGUGGAAAAUCUCACUACACAAGUGUAUUCUGCUUUCGGUGCGUCCUGUGUUUUAUUUUUCCUUAUCGGACUGUUUGCAGUAUACAAAAUAGUAAAAAGGUUUAAAGGAAUCAUUUGCAGAAAGAGUAAUUUCUCAAGUACUUCCUCUUUUCGUGAAAAGGGUGCUAAAACCACUUCAAUAUCUAUGGUUGAAUAUGAAAAUAAUUUUAAGGACGAAUAUCAAGAACUUGGAGAUUUCUGUUCGCCUUCUAACUACGACAUGCUUAAAUAAUAUUCUCAAACAUUUUGCAACAUGUAUACUAUGGAUUUUUUUAUCCUUAUGUAUCCGUAUGUUUUAUUACACAGUCUUUAUAUAUGGGUGUACUGUAACGUUAAUGUUCUGUAAAGAUAUAUUUUGUUUAUUGUAAUUAAGGAAAUAUUAAUAUUAUAAGUAUGAUUGAUUGUUUGUUUGUUGAUGUACGUCCCUCUCAGAAUGUUCACUUGUACUAUUGUGGUACGUAAAGAACUUCGACGUUUUGAAUACAAGUUUCGUCAAAGAUAUCAAUUAUUUACAUAUUCAUAAUUCUUUAGUACGUAUAUGUGAAAAACAAAAUGUAGAAAAAGGAUUCAAUGUCAAAUGUAUGAUUACAUUAUUGACUUUAUCAUAAGAAUUCAGGAAAGUUUCAUAACGACGUCAUUUAUCACUUGGUUCAUUUAUUUUGUACUUUGUUAAAUUAAGUGAAAAAUGUGGAAAAAAGGAAAAGAAGUCUUAGUAAAUACUAUUUAUUUUU